AGCAGCCCACGACAGCAUGCUUGGACGCACUCGUCGCCGUGUUUCCAGGGCCCCGGGUCAGAGCACCCAAUCUGCGUAUUUACCGAUACGGUAUUUGCUGGGGGGAGGGGCAUCUCGCUGGUCACGACGCGUCAGCGAGCGAACCACGUCGCCCUCAGCCCGGCAUUCACCGAGGCUGAGAUCACGAUGGGAAUCAACCAGGACCUCAACCGGACCGUCCCCGCCAAGUACGAGAUGCGCGAAAUCCCCGGCAAAGGCAUGGGCCUCGUGGCCACCGAGCACAUCCGGCGCGGCGACUUGAUCUUGGCGAACACGGCCUCGCUGAUGAUCGACUACCGCGCCUUCAACGAGCUCACCGAGGCGCAGUACACCGAGCUGCAAGCUCAGGCCGUCAGCAGCCUCCCGUCUGCGCACCGCGCCGCCCUGCUCAACCUUUCCACGCACAGCAGCCGCGACGGCCUCGCCGACGCAGAGCUCGUCAACAAGAUCGCCGCCACCAACAGCUUCGACAUCGACCCGUGGCCGGACGACACCGAUCAGCACCACAGCUUCUUCGUGCUCUUCCCCGAGAUCGCCCGGCUCAACCACGACUGCCGCCCCAACGCCGAGUACCGCUUCGAGCACGCCGCGCUGGCCCAGCACGUCCACGCGGCGCGCGACAUCGCCCCCGGCGAGGAGCUCACGCUGUCGUACGUCAACCCGCUGAUGACGCGCGCGCAGCGGCUGCAGCGGCUCGAGCGGAACUGGGGGUUCCGCUGCGGCUGCCCGCUGUGCGCGCUGCCGCCGGCGCGGGCGGCCGAGUCGGACGCGAGGAUCGAGCUGGCCAGGAAGCUGAAGCAGGAGCUGGGCGCCUGGGACGCCGGGAGCCGCGCGACGCCCGAGAUGGCCGAGCUGCUCGUCAGCCUGUACGAGACGGAGCGGCUGUGGGGGUCCAUGCACGAGGCGUACACGCUCGCCGCGCUCGAGUUCAGCGCGGCCGGCGACGCGUGGACGGCGGUCAAGUAUGCGCGCCUGGGCAUCGAGUGGGGGAUUCCAAUGGUCGGGGAGCACGACGAGGACCUGGCCGAGCUGAGGAGCCUCGCCGAGGAUCCGUGGGCGCAUUGGAGCUGGCGGAGGAGGGUGGAAAGGGACGGGUGA